GUUCAUCUUACUGUGUGUAAAUAUCGAUGUUUUUCCCCAUGUAAAAAACACUGUGUAGCAAACGAAGAAAAGAAAUUAUGACCCGUAAAAAUACAAUUAAUCGCACGUUAAAAUUAAUGCUCACUUUGUGCGGUAUAUGGCCGGGCACGUCGUGCGUUAUAAUCUGUAGAGCAUAUUGGAUCAUUGCAUUAACGAUAGAUAUUAUCUGCCAUUAUCGGUAUCUUCUGCUGCAUUUGCACUCGAGCAAUCUCUUCGACUUGAUGGAUUGUUUCAGUAGCUUCCUGACUCAAGUGAAGUUUAUGACUAAGUUGAUUAUAUUUUGGCUGAAUGAACAAAAAUUCGCCGAGAUUUUGACGAUAAUGGCGGAAGACUGGAACGAUUGCAGCAACAACAACAUUAAUAUGCGCGAAACAACGUGCAAGGCUAAAUUAGCAGGUCGUAUCACUAAUGCGAUGUUCACACUUCACACCUUAACGAUCGUUGGGUAUAGCAUCGGCAUUUUUUUGGCCGACGUCGACGUCACCGAUCAUCACUCCGAACUACCUCUCCUCUUAAAAGUGACGCUUCCUGUCGACAUAAAGACAAAGCGCGAGUACAAAAUGCUGUUAUCUGCACAAUUUAUCCAUCUCAUCCUGUCCGGCUGUGGAACUGGUUUACUAAAUGCUCUGCUUUUAACUUUGGUUUUACACACAGGCGGCCAAAUAGACAUCCUGCGUUGCUGGUUGAAUGAGAUUGUAACCAAAGGAAACGAAGAAGGAAGCGAAACUGUCAUCACGACAAGUAAAAUCAUUCGAAAGCAUCAAAGAAUCAUCAACUUCGCGGAAUACAUCGAGAAUAUGUACACGUAUAUCGCGUUGUUGCAAUUCACGUUAAACACUGUGCUGAUUUGCUCGUUGGGGUUCCUUAUUGUAACCGCGAUUGGCAGUCCCGAUGCGACGAAACAGAUAGUGAGAACUCUCUUAUUUUACACUGUGACAAAUCUUGAAGCGUUUAUAUUUUGCUUUGCAGGAGAAUAUUUGAAAAACAAGAGCAAAGCUAUUGGAAAUGCAGCGUACUAUUCUGCAUGGUAUAAAAUGAAACCUAAGAAUAGUCGUAAUAUAAUAUUCGUCAUAUUAAGAGCGCAGAAGCAAUUGACGCUUACAGUUGGAAAAAUAAUGGAUCUUUCUUUAGAAUCGUUUACAGACAUCAUGAAAGCUUCGGGAUCAUAUUUGUCAGUAUUGUUGGCCAUGCAAUGAACAUCGUGCGUUUAUAGAUUUUUAAACAAUAAUCGAAGCAUGUAUCGUGUAAUAUGUCUACAUUAGUGAUAGAAACAUGCAUAACGACACAAUAUAUUUUUCAUGUUUGAAUAUGUUCUAAAAAGACGAUA